AUGAUUGAACCGGUGUCUAUGCGGAUUCGAGCUGUAGAGGAUUUUAUUGCUGACGUUUCUGACACUGUUGUCUGUCGAGCCGAGCCGAUCGAGGAUCCUUUUGGACCGUCUACAAGAAUACCAGAUCUGGAAGCAAUAGUCGUUAGCAAAGAAACGAUCAAAGGAGGUGAAGCAGUCAAUCGCGUGCGAAAGGCGGACAUGGUGACCAUUGAUCUCUUGGAAUCAGUUGAUCGUGUGCUCAAGGAAACAAAAAUUAGUUCAUCAAGUCGUCGAAGAGAAGACCUCGGCAAACUUUUGCGACCACCCACUUUACAUCCGGAACGGAGAGAACUCCCCUAUAUAAUAGGUCUUUGUGGAGGUAUUGCUUGCGGGAAAAGUAAUAUAGCGAAGUAUCUCAAAGAAGAGCCAGGAUUUGAGGUCAUCGAUUGUGACAAGCUAGCUCACAGCUGCUACGAGCCUGGCGGCGAACUCACAGAAGCCGUAGCUAAAAAAUUUAAUGGCGUUGUGAAGGAUGGCGUGGUUGAUAGGAAGCUUUUGGGGCAGGCUGUGUUUAGCGAUGAGAAGAAGUUAAAGACGCUGUGUGAGCUGAUUUGGCCAUUUUUGCUGAAGAAAAUAAAGGCCCGCGUUGCUGUGUCGAAAAGCGACGUUAUUGCUACUAAAAAUCACCAGCUUCUUGUAGUGAUAGAAGCAGCUGCGAUCAUCGAAGCAAAUUGGCACACGUACAUGGAUGAACUAUGGACAGUGUUCGUUCCUCAGGAAGAGAUGGUGCGACGGAUUGUCGAGCGGGACGGCCUCUCAGAAGAACAAGCCGAAGUUCGAAUAAGAAGUCAGCUUUCCAAUAAACAACGUAUCGAACACAGUAAUGUGGUCUUCUGUUCGCUUUGGGCUUAUGAGGAGACUAGAGCACAGGUGAUGAGAGCAGUAAAGGAGCUAAGAUAUCGUCUACCAAAGAAGCCUUCAUCAGCGUAA